AUGCAGCUUGCUGUGACAGGUCACCCCGGGCCCUCGGGUGGCCAGGAAGGCCCGCGCUCCCCGCCCGACUUCCGAGCACCCCGGGUCUCCAGGCCCGAGCGCGGGCCCACAGGGCCUCGCAGACCGCAGGCUCGCCGACCUUCGCCGGCCGGCCCGGCCCUGCGUCCUCGCCUCCCGGCUGCCAGCCCCAUUUUCUUAACCCGUACAUUGUCCUUGCCUAGAACCCCGACGUUCCGCACGCCGGCCAGUGGAGGUCUGGCGCCGGCCGGGCCCGAGGCCGCGGGUCCCACCCGCCGCAACUUUCCUCGGGGACCCGGCCUUGCCCGGGCUCCCUCCCGCGGUGGCAGGCCCCGGGCCGCCCUCCCGCUCCUAAGAUGGCAGGUCCCUCCCUCCCUCCGCGAGAGGCCUGGCGAGCUCCGCUCGCAGGGCCCCGGGAAGCCGCGCGCAGGGCCGGGCCGCGCCGCGCAGGGCCGCGCCGGGCGGGGCGGACACUCACCGGGACGAUGGCGGGGCGCUUGCGCCGCUCCCUCCGGUGAGUCUCAGCCUCGGCUCCCGCGCCGCGCCGCGCUCCCGCCGCGGCCUCCGCAGCCAGCGCCGCCCCGGCCGCCUCUCUCCGCCCCCGGCGUCCCCGGCUCCGCUCCGCAGCCGCGCUGGCUCAGGGUCCCGGCCGGCCGGCGGGGCCGGCGGCGCCCGCGGCCGGGGAGGCGACAGCCCCUCCCCGGCAAAUACCGCAGUCCCCGGGCCCCCGAGUGCCGGCGGCGGGGCCGGGCGCCGAGCGGCGGCCGCUGCCGGCCGCUUCUUCUCGACGAGGAUUUUUGUAAAUCUCACAAAAUGGCGCGCGCUCCGAAGCUGCGCAGCGAGGAGCGCCGGGGCCCGAGCGGCGGCGGCGGCUCCGCCAGGAGAGCCCGGACCGCCCGCCCCCGAUCCCGCACAGACACUCGCGCACACUCACCGCGCGCACACUCGCCCUCGCACACGCUCCCUCACACUCACACCGGUCCCGCCCGCUCGCCGGCGGCGGCGGCGGCGCCAACCACCCAACCCCCCUCAGGUCACGUGAAGGAUAAAUUCGGAGCUCGGGCCCGCUACGAGUGUCAGAGGAGGGCGCGUGAUUCGCUCGGGGGAGGGGAGAGGAGGGAAGGGAAGGGAAGGGACGGGGGCGAGGCGGUGGCCUGCCGGUGCGCGGGUGCGCGAGCGAGCGAGCGCCUGCCGCCCCGCGGCCGCCCCGCCCCGCCCCCGCGCUCGCUCCCACGCCGACUGCGGCCCGGCCGGCGCGCGCGCCCGCGGCGCGAGCCCGCGACCAGCCCCUCCCGCGCCGGCCCGGGAGGGAGGGAACGGGAGGCCGCCCGCCCCGCGCCUCGCCGAGUCCGCGGUCGCGAGCCCCUCGCCCGAGCCGGCCCGCGGCGGUCCGCGACGAGCUCGGGCAGCGGCCACCCCCGCGCUCGGCUCGGCUCGGCUCGGCUCACCUCCGGAAUUCCGGCCCCGGCUGCGGGCGCGCGGCCGCCACCUUGA